GAUUAUAAAUUUUAUUGUCGUGGCUUUUCCCGUGUUUUGACUUUGUUUCUUCGUAAAUCUUCCCAAAUAAAGUUUUGAAUACAGUUGAAUAAUGUCUGAAAACUCUGAAGGAUAUUAUUUCGACACGAUAUUCUUCGAUGUUAUCGAUUUCUUGAUCGAAUACGAGAAGUUACCGUGUCUGUGGGAUAAAAAUCAUGAGCAUUUCAAAGAUAGGAAGGAAAGGUUAAAGUCUGAGGAGAUACUUGGUGAAAAGCUGGGUAUUCUGGACCUGAAGACGCUUCGGAGGAAGAUAAGAAGUGUACGAGGCACUUACAAUACAGAAAUUAGGAAGAUUAAAACGUCUUUGGAGAAUGGUUGCGAUGUCCAUGCGCCAAAAUUAAGUUGGUUUCCUUUGGCGGAUAGAUUCCUUCGAGUGACUACCGAUUUGUCAUUUGAAUAUUUUCCUCAAUUAGAAAGUGAAGGGGUAUAUAUUACAAAUAAAAAGUUAAUGCAGAAGCUGCCAAGAAAGAAAGGAGUUACCCUCGUAAUGGUACCACAUACAAAGAAACGUAAGAAAACACAAAGUGAAAGUGAGGUAGAAGUUGAGCAAGAUAACACACAAGAUGAGGAGGAAUUUGAAGAAUAUGAAGAGCUGGAAUCAAUUCAGCACGAGUUGAGUAAAGAUGGAGAUUUGAACGUCAAAUUUGAAGCUUUAGAGGACUAUGAAUCGGACCUAGAAUUCAUUGAAAAUUGUUCGACUAAUUCAGUACAAGUUCCGAAACCAAGCAAACAAAAACUGAGUGAGAGCACAAGCAAAGACUUUAGUGAAGUGAUAAAUUAUUUAAAAACAGUAGCAAGUGCAUCGGAGAAUGAAUUUUCGGCAUUCGGUCGUUCCGUUGGAAUUCAGUUGCAAAAUAUGCCUUUAGAAAUAGCGGUGCAGUUGCAAACAGACAUACAAGCUCACAUAACCAAGACUAGAUUAGAAUAUUUAAAAAAAUCUAGUCAAAAUACGUAGCACUAGUGAUUUGUGGUGUUUUAUAAUAAAUUAUUAUUAAGUGUCCAUACCAGUACAUCGGUAUGUUUCAACGUUUUAUGAUUUAAAUCAACUUUAUAUUAAAAAUAAAAAUGAAAUCAAAUAUU